AGGUACUUUCAAGGUUACUGGUUGGUCGUACACAAUAUGAAUAAUCUAUGAGACAAUACGGGCUUUCACAUCAUAAGGCCAGCUAAAGCAUAUGCUGAUAUAACAGUAUUGAGAUGUUUCAGUAAACUAUAUGCCUAUCUUCAAUAAUGAUUCCAUCUUGGCUUCCAGUAGUAAGAGCUUCAGCGAUUGGUUGGACACCUCUGCUUCAAAGUAAACUUCCAGAUGAGCCUUUGAUUUCUAAUCGAAACUGUUUUCAAGAUCAAAAAAUAAUAAUCAAUGUAAGCGGAAGGAGAUUCGAAACACUUAAAUCCACCCUGGAAAAAUUUCCUGAUACUUUACUUGGUUCAGACGAGAAAGACUACUUUCAAGACCCUGUUUCAAAAGAGUAUUUUUUCGAUAGAGAUCCCGAACUGUUCCGAUAUAUAAUGGAGUAUUAUCGUUCAGAAAGGUUACACUUACCGAAGGAUUCUUGUGUGACAGCGUAUCAUGAGGAAUUACUGUAUUUUGGCAUAAUGCCUGAGAUUAUGGGAGACUGUUGCUACGAGGAGUAUCUUGAUAAAUACCGGGAAAAUAAAGAAAGACAACAAGAAGACAAAGAAGACACUUCAGAUGAUGAACAGCCGCUGACGUGUUUCAGAGAUAAGUUGUGGCGUGCUUUUGAGAACCCGCAAGCUUCAACUUUAGCAGUCGUCCUUUACUACGUAACGGGAUUUUUCAUAGCAGUUUCUGUGCUUGCAAAUAUAACAGAAACUGUUUCUUGUGGUAUAAGUAUAGAAACUGGCGAGAGUAUUCCUUGUGGGGAGAAAUAUAACGCUGCAUUCUUCUGCCUAGACACUGCUUGUGUGCUUCUAUUUACUAUAGAAUAUUUAGCCAGGCUGUAUGCAGCACCAGAUAGAUGUAAAUUUGUCAGAUCUGUUAUGUCAAUAAUUGAUAUUGCUGCAGUUUUUCCAUAUUACGUUGGACUCUUCAUGUCCAACAACAAGGAAUUUUCGGGUGCAUUCACAACUUUACGUGUAUUUCGCGUUUGUCGCAUUUUUAAAUUUUCGAGACACAGUAAAGGACUGAGGAUUUUAGGAUGUACUCUACGUUGCUGUGCUUCUGAACUCGGAUUUCUCCUGUUUACUAUAACAAUGGGUGUUAUAAUCUUUUCAACAAUAAUGUUUUAUGCAGAAAAAUCAGAAAUGUCACAGUUCAGUAGUAUCCCAGCUGCGUUUUGGUACACAAUUGUAACUAUGACCACUCUUGGGUAUGGAGAUAUUGUACCGACUACAAUCAUUGGAAAAGUAGUUGGAGGAAUUUGUUCGCUAUCUGGUGUGCUUGUUAUCGCUUUACCAGUACCUGUUAUUGUUUCACACUUUGCUAGGAUAUAUCAGCAAAAUCAGAGAACUGACAAAAGAGAAGCUCAAAAGAAGGCUAGACUAUCUCGUCUAACAGAAAUGAAAGCUGUAGCAGAAGCUGCAUUUUCAGAAGGCAAGAAAAAAUACAAAAAUAGACGGAUCAAAUGUAGCAAUGCAGUUGUUGGUGAUAUUGCCAGCGAUGCAAAGGAGCAUAAACAAAAUGAUAUUGUAGAAGAUGAAUUGGAAAAUGCGAAAAUUUACGACAGAUACAAUAAGAGUAGACAAAUAGCAGUCAAAAAUGACGAUGACACCAACAUGGAUGAUGAGCUUCAAGACUUAUUUGAACAACAAUAUUACCAUUUGAUAGAUUGUCUACAACAGACAACAGGACUAGAAGUUGCUGAACCUGAUGCAUUUUCAUUUACUGGAAACAGUAGUCGACUAACAUACAGAAAGUCGAAUUCCGGCGGAAAACUUUUACAAAGAAAUAAAUCGCUCAAUAUUUCGAGUAGUUUAGGAGAACUGCAUAAUUCAGAUGUAGAAAUAACACCAAAACGGUCUGUGCUGAUACCAUCCCGCCUACACCAACAUUUAACACGUUGUUGUUAUUCUAGAAGACGUUAAUUAUGAAAUGGUACAGUAUUACUAUUAUUCAAACCCUUGUCAAUCAGAGGAUAAAUCAUUUUAUCCGUGUUUUGGAUAUUCAAAAAUGAAAGUAUGAAUUAAAAAAUAUAUACUGUCCUUUGGAGGAGGAGUAGUAGUUGUCAAAACUGUAGAUUCCAUUCGAAUAGAUACAUAUACAAUGUCAAAACUUCAAACGAUUAUCGGCAGCAGAAGGUUGAAGAUAAAAUCAAGUAGAUUAAAUAGUUUCUUUCAUUUAUGCCUUUCUGUAUAGUCAUCUACUCUUAUAUUUAAUAUAAAAUUUUUCAGUGACGCACAAUUAUUACACUCAAGAAUUCAUCCUGUUCUCUCUCACGUGAUCAUUUAGUUCAUACAAAAAUGCACUAGUGAUUUAGCCUAGAGUUUCUCCUCCCUCCCUCCCUCCCACCCCAACACCUCCAUCCCUUUCAAAUUUCAUUCUUUAGGUUUCCCAGUGAAAUUUUUUAAAGAAAAAAAAAUGAUUUUCAUCAAUCAUGCAUAGUCAUUUUAUACAAUCAUAUACUUUUGCAUUUCAACAGAAAAAUUUUAUGAUUUUAAUGGUGAAAAACGGGUUUUUUUUAUUAUGUAGAAGAAAUAUUAUUUUAAUUUCUCGUCUUUUCCACUGAAUUAUUAUGAUUUACACUCCCCAAAUUAUUAUUAUUUUAAUUGUCAAAAGAUAAUUUUAUUUAUUCUUUAAUAUUUUACGGUUGUAAUUUUAUUGUAUAUUAAUUUAUUGUAAAUAACACAACAGAACACAGCUAAAGAUGAGUAGAAUAUUCACUGCUAAGGUAGCGUUUUCUACUGAACUAAUGUUGACAAUAUUUUAUUCUUGUAGAAAAUAAAGAUGUAUACUAUAAA